ACAAUUAUUGUGUUAAUGGAUAAGAAGAUACAGUAUGUCAAAGAUUUUGGGUUUAGGCGUCACAAACAGCACUCAGGUGUUAAAGGGUUAAGGAGGUUUAAUGAUGUAAGAAUGCAGGAUUUGAAGCUCAGCAUUUCAGCACAGAAGUCAACUAACUUGUACUUUCAGCCUUCCAACACUGGAAGGAGGAUUCCUUCUUUGCCUACCAGUUUCUGAACGGGAUCAACCCCAUGGUGAUCAAGCGCAUUGAAGCCCUUCCUAAAAACUUCCCUGUGGCUGAUAAGGUCUUCCAAAAUGCUCCAGUCGAUCUGAACACAGAAAUGGAGAAAGGAAACAUUUUCCUGUGUGACUACAAGAUUCUGGACAAAGUGACAACAAACACCAUCAGUGGCAAGAAGCAGUACCUGACUGCUCCGCUCGUCCUGCUCCACCAGACUGAAGACAGGAUGAUGCCCAUCGCGAUUCAGUUGAAGCAGAAUCCAGGACAGGACAACCCCGUCUUCCUUCCCUCUGACUCUGAGAAUGACUGGCUGUUGGCAAAGCUGUUUGUGAGAAGUGCAGACUUCAACCUGCAUGAGCUCAACUAUCACCUGCUGCGCACUCACCUGCUGGCUGAGGUUUUUGGCGUUGCUCUAAAGAGAAACUUACCCAGAGUGCACCCUGUUCACAAGAUCCUCAUCCGUCACACGCGUGGCACUCUGCAGAUCAACGUCUUAGCUCGACUGAGACUCAUCUCCAAAGACGGAGUGUUCACUGAAUUUACAGCUUCUGGUGGAGCAGGUAUGUUCACCAUCCUGAGGGAAUCUCUGUCCAACCUCACCUACAAGUCUCUCUGCAUACCUGAUGACAUUGAGGACCGAGGACUGAACGAUGUGAAAAACUUCUACUACAGAGACGACGGACUGAAGCUGUGGAACAUCAUGCACAGUUUUGUGACAAACACUCUCAAGUACUACUAUAAGGAUGAUGACGUGGUACAGAAAGACGAUGAGCUGCAGAACUGGAUCAAGGAAAUCUUUGAACAUGGAUUUCUGAGGAAAGAAAAGACUGGCAUCCCACAGAAGUUCACCACUGUGUCUGAGCUGGUCAAGUUUGUUACCAUGGUGAUGUUCACCUGCUCUGUGCAGCAUGCAGCUGUGAACUCUGGACAGAAGGACUUCUAUGGAUGGAUGCCAAAUGGCCCCUCCACCAUGCAAGAGCCCCCACCCACCAAGAAGGGAGAGAUGACCAAGGCCAGAAUCAUGGCAGCCCUGCCUGACACUCAAAUUACGAUUUCCAGCAUGGAGGUAGUUCGGUUACUCAGCACUCGUCUCAGUGAUGCUAAAUUUCUUCUAGACUUCAAGGAGGAAUAUUUCACAGAGGACGGUCCUUGCACGGAAAUCAAAACGUUCAAAUCCCAGCUCCAACAUUUGAGCAACAGUAUCAAAGAGAGGAACCAAAAACUGGAUCUGCCGUACACUUACCUGGACCCGGCGUGUGUGGAGUGGAGUGUGGAUAUAUAGAGUGGAGGCCACUGCAGAAAGCCAACACUCCUUCAGCUUAAUGAUUUGCUUUCCAGCCUCCCAGGAGACUUUAAUUUCUUUGUUUCAGUUUUCUUUAUGAUGAAACUUGUUCAUGACAUGAACUAAUUAGUAUUUCUUUGCCGACUUUGUUUGUGCUUCAGUGUUUUUGCUUUGUUUGAUGUGUUAAACAGAUGCUGUAAUUCAACAGUUUCUCAUCUUAAAAAUCAAACUUUAUCUUUCCCCAACUCUUUAAGCAACAACAAA